AGGAAACAUCAAAUUUUUAGAAUUAGCCAUAAAAAGUAAACAGGUGCUGUCAUGCAUACAUAUAUAUGUUCUUUCUGAUAUUUCCUGAUAUUAUCUAUUAGAAAUUCGGAAAUGGCAGAUUUGUGUGCUGAACUUCAUACAAGAACUACAACUGAUCAUGAUCGUAGUGACAAGUUGGUGGGUAUUUUAUAAUUAUUAUUUAAAUUAAUACAGUUUAUACUGUUGCUAUUUCGCUGUCGUCAUGCAGUCGUUAUAAUGCAAAUUUUAAAUUUGACCAAUCAGUUCGCUAUUUAUGACAGUCUGCCAUAUUUUUGAGAUCAGUGAGGAUGACCACCCACCGUUGGUCACCCACGCCCGCGAUCAUUGAUGAACUUUAGACUUCACUAAUGCUUUCAUUUCCCCGGGUGUAAAUAGCUGUUAAGUUAUACUGCAAGAGGGGCAGUAUAAACAUUAAACAGUGCUGAUGUUGCAUGCCCCCGGCCUUGCAAGGCAUUUUAGGGAUGCAAAAGCUGUUAGGGGGUGCCAUGGAACUGCAUGAAAUGAAGCCAAAAUUGUCAAUUCUAUAUUAAAGUGAGAAUUGGCCAAAUAAGUAAAGCUAUGAGCGGCAUGUAUUGAACUGUCUUAAAGGAUUUUUGGAAAUGUUUUACCACCCCUCCCCUUCAAGACACAUAUAAUGGUGGCCGCCAAGUGAUAGCACACUGGUACUUAAAUCUGUUAUGGUUGGGUUGGUUAGUUGUGUCAAGGGUCAGCCUGUAAGUUUACUGUCUAUAAUUAGUCAGUGAGGAUGUUUUAUGCACACUGUGUAAUAUUUUGUCGGACAAAUAGCAGUUAAACAUUGGGAUCCACUGUCAGGGUCCAGGACAAAACAUAGGGACCCCUAUUACCUCAUAAUUGUAAAACAGGAGAUUGCAGUUUAUUACAUAUUAUCUUGCACUGGCAUGUACUGUAGGAUUUAAAUUCUUGGUUAAGCAAUCUUGUAUCAAGAAAAUUUAAACCCUUCAAAUCAUGUUGGUGGCCGCCCUUUUGAAAAUGAAGAUUAACCACCUCGAAAAUUGCUCUAUGAUCAUCUCAGUGCUGCACCAAAGAUAAUAUACUAAAGGUAAUCCUACUUCCACCCUUGAUGUACGUCCUACAGUACCUGAGAUGUCAGUUAGCUCAUAUGUUCUGAAUUUUAACAGACUUAGGCAAUUUCAAAGGGUUAAGGUUAGGUAAAGGCUCAAAAAUGAUGUAAGGUCACUCAAGCCUAAAUACUGUAAGAACAUUUUAAACCCAUUGAGCCGCAAUGUGCCCUACUUGUUUUUUUUUACUUGUCUAACGCCGGACGAUUUUACUCAUCAAUGGGGAAGCUAGCUCUGCAGCUUUAAUAUAAUGAAUGGGCUAAACUAACAAAUCUUAGCAUAAUAUAAUUUUCUUACAAUUAAGGAGUGGUCACUAAGUAAGUGGUGGAAAAAAAGAUUUCAUAGCCCUCAUCAGAAACAAAGAUAAAGCAUAUACAGUAUUUUGUUACCUGUAUUUAUGGUAGCCUAGCAUUUGCACACACUCCUUUUACACUAUAGGUUAUCAGCCCUAGCUGAGGCUGCAUUUCAGUGUACAUGCAAGUUAAUUAACCCAUAAUGUGGCCUAAUGGCCCUACUUUGUUAUUUCCUCAGUGUCUAAUACCACAUGCUUUUACUCAUCAAGGGAGAGUGCUUUCACUCUCUGGGUUAAACAAAAGAAAUCUCAUCGGAAUCUCCUUACAAUAUUUGCGUUCCAUUUGCCAUUGAGUUAAUUAAAAGUACAUUUAUCAGGGGAUUUCUUGAAAUCCACCAAUUCAAACUAUACUGUAUUUCAGUUAAAAGUAUGGAUCAUUAAAAAGUUUUAAUACUGCAUUAGUUAUGUACAUGUAAUAUUAUAUUAUUGUUAUAGAUCAAUUUAAAGCUUCUUGUUGUGGCAACUGAUAAAACGUUAUGGGUACAGUAUGCAUUAUAUUUUAAAAUCUAAAUCAGACUUGAUCUCUGUUUUCACGAUUAUGGUGUACACUACAUUAGGCCACACAAAAAAUUACUUGUUUAGCGUCCCCGCCCGACCUGAUAAAAGUCCCCGACCUCCAAUUUUUUAAUUUUUUUUUUUUUAAAUCUGUCCGAGUUUAGUGCAAAAACUCUCUAUAAAAAGAUCGUUUUACUUGAAAAAAUGGUGAUUUUAUUCUUCUGGGAGCUAUGCAAUACGUUUACACAAAGUUUUCUUCCCAGAAUAUGCCUGUUCGCACCUAAAGUGUUCGCGCGUGACCGCCAAACAGUAAUUUUCUGUUUUAUUAAAAACAUGAACGGUAUUAAAAAACAUGAACGGAUUUUGAAAGAAUUAAAGUGAGUUUUGACUGUGGUAAUAUACUGGAUUUCCUGCAUUUAGCAGAAUUUUGUGUUGCAUUUUACGAAAAAAAACCCAAAAAAACCCGCCCGCCCGACCUAGAAAAAUUAAAAUGGGUGGACGCUAAACAAGUAAUUUUUUUUAUGUCAUGGCCUUAUUGAGAUCCCUAUGAAUAUCACAUCUCAAAAUUCAAAAUAUUCAGGGGGUGGGAGGGCACUCCCGGACUUCUCUAAAGGAUUCCCCACCCAAAUAUUGAGCACUGUACCCGACCUAAGUUGGAAAUGCUAACUUUUGCGAGUAAAAAUUGGAGAAGUAUAACCAAAGGCGCAACAUCUACUGUAGACCGCGAGCAGUCCCUCGGGAGAAAGGAGGGACCGCCGGAAACACAUCAAGAAACGAAAUACGCCCACUUUUCGCUUUUGUCAAGUUGGCUCCGCCUUUGCAUAAACAUUACUUAUAUAUCCAAUUAAAUACAUCCAAUAGGAACCGUUAAUGUCAUGUUUAUUUAUAAGUCAGAUCAACGUUGCGCAUGCGUGCUUUCGCACACGUCGCCUCUUCUCGCCUCUCCGCCAAUUAACUUGAUGUUGCAGCAAGACAUUGAAUUGCUAUGUAUAAGGUAAUCCGCAGCCUUAAGGUUGUUGCGUUACCGUAAGGUUGCAUCAUUUGCUAAUUGUUGUUAAUUUUUUAUACGUAUAGAGCAAGACGAUUGCAAAUUUCUAUUUUAUUUUUAAAGCCCUUGAAGAGGAGCUAUCUUGUUACAGUAAGUACAAUGAUGAAUAAAGAUUAAAAAGUAAUGCAGUACUAGUGUAUUAAGGUAACGUAUUCAUUACACUUGUAUUUUGUUCCAGAAUUUAACUUGACAAAAUUAGUGUUAUCGGAAUAUCACGCAACGUAUUCCUAUGCGACCAGGUCGAUUAUAUACAGUCAGUAUAUAAGCCAACAGUAUACAAGCCAACGAAAACGUUCGCUUGAAACGUCGACGUUCUGCUUAUAUUUUUUAGGUAGUUGUAUAUCCUUCACAUCGCAGCUCUCUAUCUCUGUAUGCCAUUUCAAUGUACACGAGUUAAAUAAAUCCGGUAACCUGCAGGAUCUUGUUAAAAAAAUGUUCCUCUUAAAUAUAAUCUUGUAAAUACGCUGGUGGCCUUACAGUACUUGCCGUUCUUCCCGAGUCCGAGAAUCUCCAAGUGCAAGUAUUGGCACAGAAAUUGCCCUACCCUUGGUACCAGUAUCAGAAGGCUGGAUCAGCCUCUCUGUACAUUUCUUUAUUUAUUAGAAAAUGUAUGUCUCCCUUUUGUUCUUGACUUCUUGUAGCUAUAGAAAGCAAAAACUGAUGCCUUUUAGGCAGAGUUGUUAACACGUCUUAUUUUGCAAGUUUAUGAAAGUCACAAGUCACCAUGACAAUUAUAUAUAUUAAUAUACUAUACAUUUCACAGUCAUACUGCGAUAUGCCAAUUCGACUGCACUAUAUAGCAACAGUACAUCACACGAUUCCACUGCACAACGACUUUGUAAGGCGACGUAAAGUCUUGCCCUGCUUUGUUUUCCAUUGGCUCUGUCAUUUUUGGUACACGAUCCAUCAUAUACAUGCGAGCAUCGUAUAUAUAUAUAUAUAUAUAUAUAUAUAUAUAUAUAUAUAUAUAUAUAUAUAUAUAUAUAUAUAUAUAUAUAUAUAUAUAUAUAUAUAUAUAUUUAUAUUUAUAUAUAUAUAUAUAUAUAUAUAUAUAUAUAUAUAUAUAUAUAUAUAUAUAUAUAUAUAUAUAUAUAUAUAUAUAUAUAUAUAUAUAUAUAUAUAUAUAUAUAUAUAUAUAUAUAUAUAUAUAUAUAUAUAUAUAUAUUUGGUUGGUUUUUUUUUGGGGGGGGGGUUCUAUUACUAGUUUAAUACUACUAGUUUAGGGGCGCGCCUAGCAGGGGUCUCGUUCCGUUUACGCUAUCCCCUUUGGACUUAAAUCUUGUAAAUAUUUCUACUAUAUUGUGUCCAGUAAAGUUGAUACUACAGUAUUAGACAGAAUAUUGACUUAAACAAUUUUAAAAAUUUCUCAUGACGUCACAAGGUCACAAGGAUUAUGGUAAGAUUUGAAAUAGCGUUAGGUUUCCGAUUAUUAGGGUUAGAAUUGGAAUCAGAAUUGUAUUUAAAUUGAGAUUGUUACUGAUUGGAAAUUGACCGAAAUUUCUGUUAAUUUAACAGAAGAUCACAAACAUAUCUGGUGUCUUUAUAUCCCUGAGCUUUUGCGAAGCAAGGCAUUUGAAGAGGUAGGAGAAAUAUACCACUGUCUUGGGUUUAAAAUAACGUCUGUCUGUAUCACAGUUGCAUUCGUAAAAAAUCCAUAUGUAACAAACCUAUAUAGUGCAUGAAACACUCAUACUCUAUUAAGUGUUAUGCAUAUUAUUAUACAAGUAAUGAAUGUUUAUGGGUGCAAUGGUAAAAAAUAUUUUCAUGAGGUGAAAGAUGGAAUCUUCCAUCCACGAGGCGACAUCCGAGUUUUACAUAACACCAUACAGCAAAAUCAAUGAUUAUUUUUUAUUGAAUUAAUUACAAAACAAACACAUGCCCGAGUCGCAUGUACUAUAGAAAUUCAAAAAAGAUGACUCAAAAAAUGUUUGAGUGAGGAAGUACUGUAAUGUAACAAUGGCAUUUAUUUAACUCGACAUUGUCAUAAAAAAUAAUAUUUUUAGUGAUUUUUACACCCGCCAUUUUGCUUCGCAGAAUUUGUGCAUUUGAAUUUAAUUCCAUCGGCCUCAUUACGUAGAUUUGGUUAGAUGAGCUACGGUUAGGAUACGAUUAAGAUUUUGACGGAUGGAAUUUAAUGAAAACCGAACUGUGCAAUGAAACAAAACGUAUAGUACAAAAAUGGGCUCAGCAAAGUGGUAAUUUUAUUCCUUAUCAUGUGAUCAUAAUCAGCCAGUUAAAUGACAAGAAUUUAAUGAGGUGUCAUAUAAUGUUAUUUAUUAUUAGGAUUUACGAUACUUCUUUGGAGACAACUGGUCGUCUUUAGUUUUUCCAAGCCCAGCCACAGUAAGUACUGGUUUCUAGAAAGAGAUAUCAAGUGUGAUUUGUGUGAACUGCAGCGUUUAUCUUUUAACUCUUGUAGCAAUAAGAACGUCUUUAAAUGGACACCAGUAAUUUAUCAUGUGCGAACAUCGAUACCAGCACCACAUAGAACUAUUUAUUCUACAGCGCAAAACUUGGUAACAGCUUUGAACAUGGAAAAAUUGUAUGCCAUUUAUUUCAGGACCAUUAUUAGGGCCGGAGAUUAAUUGUUGCUAGGCUUACUUGCUAGGCUAACUUGCUACUUAGCUUUUUCACAGCUGGGAUCCCGUGUGGGGUUGACGUGGCGGAUUUAAGGGGGGGAGGGGGGCUGUCUAAUUACUUUAUGGUUGAGUAAAUCGUGCAACCUUGUUCUGUUUAAUGCUGCACGUGGUCUUCGUCGUGCGGAGCCUCGUUCAUUAGUUUCACCUUUUUUCUAUUUUCUAUUCCUUUAACUUUCAAUUUGUACACUUGUAUUGUUAUAUAAUGUUUACGAAGGGGUUAACCUUGCUGGGACUUCGAGUCCGUUUGUUAGUCCCUCAUCAAGUUACUCAAAAUUGUUGUGAUUACUUUCACUCUAUCUUAUUUGUAUGUACUCUAGCUUAUGUUGUUUAUAAUUAACUCGAUAAAAGUUUCUAAAUAAAUAAAUCAAAAUGGAGCGUGCAAGGCCCAUAUAAUGUAUUUGCAUAUAAUGUAUGUAUAAAUGUACCAGAACGUCAUAUGUGUUAGGUUGAAGUGCAAUGUUUUCAAAUGAAGUAUUUUUUAAGAUUUAUUUUUUAUGUUUUUAUAGAAAGACUUUACCCAGCAUAUUCACGAUGUUGCCAAAGAAAAUCCAACAUAUUUAGUAGCUUAUUGUCAUUCAUUUUAUCUUGCGUUAAUGGCAGGCGGUCAGGUAAUAACUUCGAGUCACGACCGAAAUUUGCACAAAAAUGAUCCAGUCGCUGAUUAUCCAUGACAUCGUGAGCUCAGCCA